GGGGCGGUGCGGGGCUAGGUUUCAUUUUCCGCAGAGCUUCCCAUCUCCCUCCCAUCCUCGCUCCGCUCCCGGCCAUGAAGCCGCAACAGGCGGAGGUGAGCAUCCCGCUGCACCCACCCGGGCGGGGACCGCCCCUCUCCAGCGUCCCCCAAGAGCAGCCCCGCGACUUCGUCCUCUGGUCUCUCUUCAACGUCCUGGCAGGCUUCGCUCUCACCUACCUCGGCUGCUUCUGCUUCCCCUCGCUCAUCUUCUCCAUCAAGGCUCGUGACUGCAAAGUGCUGGGGGACCUGGAAGGCGCCCGGCGGUACGGAACCCGUGCCAAGGUUCUGAACAUCAUUUUCUCUGUGCUGAUAGCCAUCGGUGUGUUGUCUACUAUUACCAUUGCCAUCGUGCUCCUCACCAUGAGCAGCAGACAGAUAUAAAAAUUCUGCCACCAACCCACUGUCCUGUGCUGUGCUCACCCCCAUAACUCCCCACCAAAAAUGUGUCCCAAGGAAUUUCUGCUUUGGGAAAGGGUUGCAGAGCCCUGUCCCCUCGCUGCAUGUGGCAUGGCAGGGAUGGGUGGGAAGCUCCUUUCUCUACUUCUCCUAGGCCAUGCUAGUAUUUAACCAAGCUACAGCGUAUGCAUGGAUUGCCAUCGCCACAAAUAAAGCUCCUGCUCACCAA